AUGGAUUUUGCUAAACAAUUGGACACCAAUUGGAUUAAAGAGAAAUGUUAUUAUAGCGAUGACUUCAACAUCGGAUCAGAUAAAUGGGAUAUUGAAAUCUGUUUGAAAGAUAACAUUAUUGGUCUGUAUUUACAUUUGAAUGAAAGCAAUGAACUACCAGUUCAUACACAAUACUCGUUGUCCAUCUGUGAUAACAACUUCAAUGCUAACCAAUUGUUUGUGAAAAAAGAGUUUAAAUGUCGAUUUGAAGAGAUCACUGGUUGGGGUAAUCCAUCGAUUAUCACUAGACAACAAUUGAUGGACAAUAGGGUGAAACUAUUGCCGGACAAUACGCUGACCAUUGUUGUCGACUUUAAGAUAUUCAAGAAAAGCAAUUGUCACGAAAAUUGUGGCGCAAAACGUUUUCGUCGUUUCGCUCAAUUGUUUUCACUGAAAGAGCUAAGCAAUUGUCGACUGAUUGUCGGCAAAGAUCGCAAAGAGUUUUACACUUCAAAACAUUUUCUGUGUCUGGAAUCAGAAGUUUUCGAGAAGAUGUUUACCACCGAUUGUACGGAGAAAACAACUAACGAAGUGAUUAUCGAUGACAUCGGCAGCGAUGUCUUCGAACAGUUCUUGAAAUAUCUUUCGACCGGAAUGUGUGACAAAUUGGAUGAAAUGACUGAUCAGUUGCUAUACGUUGCCGACAAAUAUAUGGUAUCAUCGCUGAAGACUUUGUGUCUGAAUUGGAUUUUCUUGCGAAUCAAUUCAACCAAUGCUAUGAAAAUAUUGAAACUUUUCGAAGAUUUCGGCGCCGAUGAAGUGUUGGUGAAAAUGGUUAACGACUUUAUCAGCGAAAACAUCGCAACAGUGAUCGUCAAAGAGUUGAUCGAAAAACAUGCCAUUAGUCUGAAAAAUAUGUCACAAAUUGUCGACAAUUUUGGCAAACAUUUACCAAAAUUUAAUGCAAAACUCUUGUAUUAUACCUAUAGUUAUAGCAUUUAA